AUGAGCAUUUCGUCAGAGCACGUAUCCCGUGUGCGGCAGCUUUACAAGCUGAUAUUCCGCGUGCACCGCGCGCUGCCCGCGGAGCUCCGGGUCAUGGGGGACAACUACGCGAGGGACGAGUUCAAGAGGCACAAACAGUGUGGUCCGGAGGAGGCGAGGAUAUUUCUCAAUGAGUGGACGGACUACGCCAUAAACCUGGCAAAGCAGAUGAAACCGCUGCAGCAAGCGAAGAGGAAAGAAGUCGGCAGAUACCUGGACCCGAAGCUGCUCGACCACAUGAGUGACGAACAGCUGUGCCAGCUCUAUGAGUUGCACAAAGCAGCAUCGGCAGCGGAGGACGGUGGAAGUAAGGAAAAGUAGUUUCAAUGCACUCUU